CUCUCUGACGUUUCCAUCGAGGAGACGUUAAUUCCACGCGGUCGAACCUCGCUCGCUUCAUCUACGAAUCAUCGUUGAACGCUUCGAAAAAUCUCGUCGUCGUGCAGGCAGAAUUUCAUAGAUGAUCCGUGCAGCGUGAUAUCGCUGUUCCCCGUUUCGUCACGCGAUAACAAGCGUUCAUGACCGCGUCACGACGAAGCUUGUCCGACCACACUCGGCAGGAUCGCUCGCAGAAUAACAGGAUACGCAAGCUGCUGCUGUCGGAGUACCGCGAGUUCUCCGACACGGUCCUGGUGGAGUCGCCGUUCGCGGAGACCACGAGGACCGGACGUGGGCUGCGUCAGGUCGCCUUGGGUCUCACGCCGACCAACCUCAUCGUCGCCGCAGAUGUCCUCCGCAACGACCCCGGUUUCUUUUGCCCGCCUGGCAUCGACGCGAGUAUCGAGAGCUUCGAGCUCGUGUCCGUGUAUCCGCUGGAGUAUGUCCAGCUGAGCGUGUUCGGGAGGAGACAACUUUUCCGACGCUCGCCCGUAUUCAGGUUCAUCAACGGUCGCGCUAAUUAUUACGAGCUCGGUGGUGCGAAGCGGCGCAGGCUUCACUGGAAGAUCUGGUGCGAGCAAGUGCGGAAGUUGUUAGCAUGCAAGGUGAACGGUAGUUCAUUAUCCGAAACGACGGCGGCGAGCUCGUCGAGCAGCAGCGCGUUGUAUCUGUUGUCGUCGGAGAUCGAAGUCGAGGCUAAUUGCGACGGGAGGUGCGCGAAGCCAAUAUUCAGGUGCGAAUCAGUCGAUACUAACGUCGAACGAAUCUCCAGACAACGAGCGAUACCCUGUGUGUGUAAUUGCGUAUUUAAAAACGAGUACAGGAUAUGGACACGCUACGGAGGCGCGGGUGAUUACGUCACACCCACCUGGACGGAGAAGGAUCUGUAUCUCGGGCCGUCCUACAACGAACUGGUAAACGGUCAUUACACACCUGUGCCGAUAAGAUUCGCCGGGGCUAGCCUGGAGGAAGUUAGGUACGAGCUGAAGGACUACACGCCGCGCCGCAUCAUCCGCGACAAGUCCUGCCACAGUUGGCCGUGUCAGACGAAGCUUGGCGGUCGAGCCAAGUCGCAACGCGCCGGCGGACUCUGCAACGUCCUCUUCGUGAGGGAUCACAAGGCUCGCCGUUGUGAGCACACCGCUAGCUGCGAAAGCUCGCCUUGCAACGUCUGUGAACUGGACGACAGCGUUGGCAUCCGGAAGCACUGCCGAUGUCGCGGUGAGAGCAAACGGAUUCGCACGGAGCUCCAUUUUGUUACGUAUCUGAUAAUAUUAAAAAACAAUGACUGGAAGAAGCACGGAAGAUGUCCUCAGCAGCAUCGGAAAGAACCGUCGACGUCGAAAAUAUCGCGUUUCGGCCUCGGGGUGCCGGAGAAAUGCCACUCUGGGCUGGUACUCGGACCAUAUCGCGGUGAUCCAGGUUACUUCAAGGUCUCCAAGGUCCACGCGCCUCGCGUCGCCGAUCCUUACGAGUUGAUCGAGAGCGGUGUGACGGGGUGGGAGGACGGCGGCGAAGGUGGCCGUAGGUCGUCCAAGAAACCGAAGCACCCGAGGAGGUACGCCUUCGCUUCGGCGGCGCACUUCCUUCACGCUCUCGGGCCGUGGUCCGUGCAACCUGGAGAGCGCGAUUCCGUGCAGACGUUGCGAGCAUCGAGCGUGGUGAAUAUUCGCAAACAACCCGCGGAGUCGGAACUGAGGCUGCCGCUCUCGCGUCGUCAGCUGACCGCCAGCGUCUCCUGCGCCGCAUUAACGUCCGGCGGCAUCAACAGCGCUGUCACCAGAGGACGAGUGACGUUGUUCUGGACACCUGAGUAUUGGUACAGACCUCAAGCUGCGGCGGCUGCCUACAGAGAGCUGCGGAGUCACUUGACGUCCCUCCAGGAUUUCCGUCGUGGAAGAGAAAAGCGGACGAGGAGGAGGUUCUUCGGCAGACGUGGAGGUCAGGGUUCAGAGGAGACCGGCAAUCCCGAGACUACGAUGGUUACAGGAAAGUCGAGCGGUCUCUUGGAACGUAUGUUGUCCAUCAAUGGCGCGCGUAAACGCGACAGAAGGGCGAGGGAGAAGGCGAACGUCGAUAGAGGCACGGCACAACUGCGGAGACUGCUGAAAAUGAACCUCCGCAUCACUGUAUGGGACCUGGACAGCGGCACAUUGGCGACGCAACUGACGAUGAUCGAUCGCGACCUCUUCGUACGGAUCCCCACGACGGAGAUCGACGUCCUCGUCCAUCAGAAAUCAUCGCGCAACGCGCCGAACUUGGGCGCCUGGAUCGCCUUCAGCCACAGGAUUGCCUGCCUGACUGUCAGCGAGAUCCUCGCGAUCAGGAAGCUCGACAUGAGGACCAGGAUCAUGGCGAGGUUCAUCAAUGCCGCCGAGAAGUGCUUCGCGUUGGGUAACUUCCAGUCAUGCAGAUCCAUCUUAGCCGGCCUCCAGGCUCCGCCGAUUCACAGACUCCGGAAAAGCUGGUCCUACUUGCGGACUCACCACGCUAGCAGGUAUGAGUCGAUGGAGAAGCUCUCCAAAGUCUACAAGAGUCCGCGUUGCUCAAGAUAUCAGAGAGCUUGGGCCGCAGCGGAGCGCAGACCACCUUGUAUGCCGUACGUCGGGCACUUUCUGCUCAAGGUCCUGGAACUGAAUGAUUCGAGGGGAAUCCAAGCAAACUUUGCGUCGUCUGCGAGGAAACAGUCAACUGUGAGAAUUGCCUGCGCUUCACCUUUAUCCGUUAACAAUAACGUUCGCUCAAGAGACGAGGAAAAUCCCACGGUGCCCAAGCGAUGCCUGGCCAGACGUUUCCUCACGACGACGUUAACCAGGAUAAGGUUCACGACGCGCAAGAACAACGUCAACGAGACCGAGAACAACGCCUGGACACUUGGACAACGAUAUCUGGCGCGUAAGUUCUUUCGCCGUUGGCACAUCAUCAGGCUGGCAUCGAAAGCGCGUGUGGCGAACGAGAAGAGAUCAGCGAAAAAUAUGGACUCGAAGACGCAACGGGUUCUCGAUGUAGCAGCGUGGUUGACAGAUCGUCAGAGAUCCGCACAAACUUACAAUUUUACGCUGCACUCGUUCGCGCACGAAUUCCUGCUGAAAGCGCGCUACAGAGAGGACCGCGAGAACUUCUUCAUCAGUCUCAAGCUGGAACCGCCAACUUGACGAUGAGUCGACGCCUUAAAACUCGAAGUCCCACGAUACAAGAUUUUUCUGAAUUUUGACGUCAAUUGAGAACACGGUUUACUCGUUUGAAUCGGAAACGCACACACAUGCACGCACUGAACGCAAGCCGCUUACGCGCAACGUGAUGAAGUAUCAUUGAGAUGCUGAACAUUGUACACCUAACUUCGCAUUCUUCUCUCAAUCGUCAAUCGUCCUUGGCGCGUCCAUCCAGUAUUAUAUACAUAUACUUGCAGAUAAUUUAUAUACUUUUACUUGGAGCGCGCCAGGUAUGUUUGUAUCUCUACACGCUUUGUACGACUGUUAUUGCUACAUCACUUUAAUAAAGGUACGCGUGAUUAGACGCAUUGUCGUGUUUCAUUUAAGUGGUCAACAUAUGGAUUUCUGUCAUUUCUGUCGCUUUAUAAAUUUUAGAAUGUGGUAUUCCUCGCUGAUGAAAGAGGAAGGUGGAUCGAGGCGAUUUCUUUAUCACCGUUUUAUUCCGAACAUAGUGUAUACAAUUGUUACUUUACAUAUGUUAUAUGUAUAUAUAUAUAUUUCUCUUUAUUAAAUUCAUCAGUCGUAAACUUAAAAAAGAGUGUAUCAUGAUGGGCGGAAGAGUGAAUCUCGAACUGAAAGAUCGGUAUCAGAUUCUGACUAGAUAACAACGCACUUUCGUGUAUGUACAGUAUAAUGAAGUAUACGUUAUAUCGUUAACAAAAACUGAAGAGUAACGUAAUAUAUACAUUAUAUAGAACAAGGGGAACAGUCUUAUUCUGACACGAAAUCGAACAUAAUCCUCUAUCGAUCGUGUCGCGAUCGCGAAGAUGUUUCUUUCUCAAUUUUGGAAAUGUACAAAUUUAGAUUAAAUUGUAUAUUUAUAUUAUAUUAUAUUAUAUAUGUAUAUAUAUAUAUAUAUAUAUAUAUAUAUGUAUACGUGUAUACAUAUAUACAC